GAAAGAAUCCUUAAUUAAGGAUUUUUCGGCUUUGGUCCUAGAUGAGAUGGCAACAUCUGAUUCGUGCGGUGAAGUAUUGUGUUUCGUAUGGGGAAAGUGAAACUUUCAUUUUCGCGUCUCGAGCUGAAAAAAAAACUUAUCCAUCUCUAAAGACGAAAGCAAAGGCGAUUCGGUGAUCCGCUUCGUUGAAGGUUCUAAAUAGAGGAAGAACUGCGAGAUAUGAAAGCACACAAAGCAUACUACAACAUGCUUCAUUUCGUUUCAGAUGCCCAACAGGGAAUUCCCAACCUAUGCCCCUGUGGAUCUAUCACGAAGGAGUUCGUCGACGAAGAGGAUACAUAUGACUACCUCCCUGGGAAAAGAUACUUCAUCUGCAAAGAUUACCAAAAUGACGGGCUGCAUUUCAGGCAACCAUGGGUUAUGGGUGUGCAACCAGAGAUUGAGAGGCUCAAACAAUGGUUUCACAAGCAGAAGAAGCUUCUGCGAGAGUGUGAGGCGCUUAAGGCCCAAGUUAAGAUGCUGCUUCAGUGUGUGUCUGAACUUGAGAGAGUCCGCUGAGGUGAAGUACAAGACCAUGUGCUUGUUGAAGACAAAAGCUGGUAUCUCUUCUCUGUUCAGUCAAAGGUGGUUUGUCUCUUUCUCCUGGUAUUUCGAUGUGAACCAAGUCACGGGUUAUUUGUAUCUUUCUGUUUGUAUUUUCAUGUGAACCAAGUCGUGUAGCAUGUUGCCUUUAUAAGUCUAUUUGUAGACUCGGAUGUUUAUAUGAACCAAGUCCUUUGUGCUUCUUCUUCCUUGUACUGUCUCAAAAACGAAUUUAAUGAUGUUUUAGUGUAUUCUAUUUCUUUUGCUCUUCUUUUCCUUGUACUAUCUAUUUACAAACCAAAGGAUUCAAAAUCCUCAAAAAACCUCGCUGAUUCAGCAAUCCUCAAAAAACCUCGCCAUGAUUCCAAUCUCCACACGCCUUGUUCGCUGAUUCAUAGUAAACCAUUCGAGACGAGACGCUCAUCCACUCAUCCCUCGAGUUUUGAAGGAAGGAUAGCCAAAUAUGGCAUAUGAACUCGACUGAAGACUCGAUGCGGCUGUCAAUGAGGCUUUUGAUGAAUAUUUUGAAGAUACAUACAACAGCAUCGUGGAGAAUCAAACAAAUAAACAGAAGAAACGUGCAUAUGUCGAACGAAACCGCGAAGCGGGCCACAACCGUCUAUGGAAUGACUACUUUAGUGAAAAUCCGUCAUUUUCGGAAAAUUUAUUCAGACGCCGUUUCCGCAUGAACAAGCAAGUAUUCAUGCAAAUUGUCGACACCCUCUCAGCAAAUGUUCCAUUCUUUCAGCAAAGAAAAGAUGCUUGCUUAUGGCUGUGCGGCUGACGCCGUAGACGAGUAUCUCCGACUUGGUGAAAGCACAACACUUUCAUGUUUAACCAAUUUCACAGAAGCCGUAAUUCAAUUAUUUGGAGAUGAAUAUCUACGAAGACCCACUCCAGAGGAUCUUCAAUGUUUACUCGAUAUUGGAGAGAUGUGCGGCUUUCUUGGGAUGAUUGGAAGCAUCGACUGUAUGCAUUGGAAGUGGAAAAAUUGCCCAACCGCUUGGAAAGGACAGUACACACGUGGAUCAGGAAAGCCGACACUUGUGUUGGAGGCUGUAGCGUCACAAGAUCUUUGGAUAUGGCACGCUUUUUUUGGUUCUCCAGGUACCUUAAACGAUAUUAACGUCCUUGAUCGAUCACCUGUUUUUGAUGACAUUUACCAAGGUCGAGCUCCAAGGGUAACAUACAUGGUCAACAGGCACCAGUAUGAUUUGGCGUACUACCUCACGGACAAUAUAUAUCCAAAAUUGUCAACAUUUAUCCAAUCUAUCACACUCCCUCAAGGUCCUAAAGCAGAGUUAUUUGCUAAAGUUCAAGAAGCAACCCGAAAAGAAGUGGAGCGUGCUUUUGGUGUAUUGCAAGCUCGAUUUGCGAUAGUGAAAAACCCGGCUCUAUCAUUGGACAAGGAAAAAAUAGGGAAGAUUAUGAGAGCAUGUAUCAUACUGCACAAUAUGAUAGUCGAAAAUGAACGAGGUGGAUACACUUUGUACGAUACAUCUGAAUUUGAAGAAGGAGACUCGACCAGAAGUUCACAUGUAGAGCAUAUUAACAACAUGCCUUCACAUUUCGGUAAUAUGUUUGGCCUACGGAAUCAGGUUCGAGAUAGGCGUACACACGAAGAAUUGAAAAAUGAUUGAAUAGAAAAUAUUUGGAACAAGUGUGGUAGUGAUGAAGAUGUAUAAUUACUGUAUGUUUGCUUUUAAUCAUUGAAUAAAUAAAAAUUUUAAAU